UGCGCUCCGUUCAUCGCCUUCUGCAAAGCUCCCCCAGCAGCCGCAGAGACAGAAAAAUGCCGGCAGGACACGGGCAGAGGGCUCGCACCAGGGAUCUGUUUGCUCGUCCCUUCAGGAAGAAGGGUCCGACGCAUCUCUCCACCUAUCUCCGUGUCUACAAGAUCGGCGAGUAUGUUGACAUCAAAGUUAACGGCUCGAUCCACAAGGGUAUGCCCUUUAAGUUCUACCAUGGCCGCACUGGUCGCGUGUGGAACGUCACCAAGCGUGCUAUUGGCGUUGAGAUGAACAAGCAGGUGGGCAACAGGAUCAUAAAGAAAAGAAUACAUGUGCGCAUUGAACAUGUUCAGCCAUCAAAGUGUCACGAAGAGUUCCUCCAGAGAGUGAAGAAGAACGAUCAACUUAAGGCAGAGGCCAAAGCGCAAGGGAAAAUCAUCAGCACCAAGAGGAAGCCAGAGGGACCUAAGCCCGGUUUUAUGGUUGAAGGAGCAACAAUCGAGACUGUCACUCCUAUCCCAUAUGAUGUGGUCAACGAUCUCAAAGGUGGUUACUAAGGUAGAUGACAAUAGAUCUUGCCUACUUUGCUUUGCUUAUGUUAUAACCUUUUGAAUUUCAAUGUUGUCGUUUCGGGUAUGGUCAAGACAUCGGUUAUGGGUGCUAUUAUAUUUAUAAUGGUCUGUCUAUUUUUGCAGCAAGAAUUGUGAGUGAAUCUAAUUCCAUUUCUUUUUGUUUUGUUUUUCCUA